AUGCCAAAACGAUCCAAAACUCCCAAAGCUUCACCAAUGGUUAAAAAACCUACUAUAAUGAAUAGUUAUGAUAUAGCAGCCACUGAAGUUUGGGUAAAAUGUGGUGAAUGUGCAAAUACCUUAGGCUUGAAUGAAGCUGCAAUAAAAUCAUUUGAAAAUGCUGUAAAUAGAGAUCCUUCAAAUAUAGCUGCAUUAUGUGGUUUAAGUUUAUCAUUAAGAUUAAAUGAUAUUAAUAAUAAUGAAACUUUUGGUUCUCAAUCAUCUAUUGAAAGAUUAAACUCAUCAAUUGAAUCUUUCCCAAAUUUAUUAAAAGAUUCAAAUAUUUUCAAAGAAUUAUCAGAAUGUUACUUAUUGAUUGGUUUAAAUGAUCAAGCUCAUCAAGCUAUUCAAUCAGCUAUACUGUUGUCACCACAGGAUGCUUCAUUAUGGUUAUUAAGUGCUCAAACAUUAAUUAGAGUUGGUGCAAGAGCUCAUGCAGCAAAUUCAUUAACUCAUUGUUUAUCUUUAUUACCACAAAAUGGAAAAUAUUCUCAACAAGAUAUUGAAACCGCAAGAGCUGCUCAUGCAGAAUUAGCUGCAAUAGCAGCAGCUGAUGGAAAUAUAGAAACAUCAAUUGCAGAAUUAAGUUCAACAUUAUCCUUACCACCACCACCAUUAUCAAGAAUAGAUGAACAUAUAGCUUUAUGGUGUGCAUUAUCAACAGCAAAGGAAAGAGCAAAUGAUAUAAUAGGAGCUAUAAAAGCAUGUGAAGAUGCAGAAGUUGCAGUUGGAGAUUCUCCAAGAAUUAUAAUGACAAGAGCUUAUUUAUUAUUAUUAUUAAAUCCAAAAGAAAAUUCAGAUUUAGCUAUAAGUUUAUUAAACAAAAUAAUAAAUUUAGACGAUGAAAAUACUAUAAAUGAAGGAACAGAUUUUUUACCAUGGUAUUUAUUGGGAAGAGCUUAUUCAUUAACUGAUAGACCAAGAUUAGCAUAUGAUUCUUAUCAAGUUGCAUUAAGAUGUGCAUCAAAUUCUCCAAUUACUUGGUUAGCAGUAGGAAAAUUAUAUUUAGAAUUAAAACAAUUACCAGAUGCAUUAGCAGCUUAUAGUCAAGCAUUAAAAUUACAAAUUGAAGAUGGAUCUCAAGGUACAGCAACAGCAUGGGAUGGAUUAAGUUGUGUUUAUGAGAGAUGCGACGAUCAUUUAAUGGAUGCUUCAGAUGCAUGUGGCAGAGCAGGUUUAUGUUUUAAAGCAAUUGGAGAUUUGAAAAAUAGUAAUUAUUUUGAAAUAAGAUCAGAGCAAUUAGCAAAAGCUGCUAAAAAUGAAGGUCCAAUACCCGAAUUAAGACAACCACCAGAUGUUCCAAGUUUCUUGCUUAGAGAUUUAGUUGCAUUAGCACCAAAUGAAAGAAUUGCAUAUACACAAACUCAGAGAACUCAACAUGUUAAACAAGAACAACAACAACAACAAGCUCAACAACAACAGCAACAACAACAAACUCCAUCAUUACAGCAACAACAGCAUCAAAUCCAUCAACCACCACCACAACCUCAUCAACAGCAACAACAACCAAUACAUCAACCUCAACAUUAUCCGCCACAAUAUCAACAAUCACCACAACAAGUACAACAUAUUCCUCAUCAACAACAACCCCCAAGUUCACAGCAACAAACCCCAUCUCAACCACCAUAUAGAGGAGCACCAACAAAUCAACAACCUCAGCCUCAACAAGCACAAUAUUAUUAUCCACCAUCUCAACAACAACAACAGCAACAACAACAACCAAAUCAACAAUAUUACUAUCCCCCUCCACCACAACAUCAACAACAGUCCCAGCCACCACCUCAACAUCAACAUCAACAAUCUCCACCACAACAUUCUCAUCCACAAAUGAUUCCAAAUAUUCAACAACAACAACAACAGCAGCAACAAGGACCACCAGUCCCACCACCAGCUCCUUAUUCAAUCGCUGGAGCAGCCCCAGGAAGUUUACCACCACCAGCUGGUCCUUAUGGUCAAUAUUUACCUAUUCCAGGUGGAGUUGUACAUAAUGGACCACUGCAAUAUUCAUCACCAAAUUCAUGGAGAAGAUAA